AUGGAAUUGUUGCUCAAGCGUACAUUUCAAGCUCUCAGUACUUUUAGAGACAUUGGAGGGUCAGCUCUGAGGAUGAAUCAGCCAAUUGAAAACUGUAUUGUAAGCUUUAAGCUACAUGUGAAGAAAUGUUUGGAUGGUCCUGGAAACACAAACUCUAAAGUACAGUUGGGCACCUUUGCACUGGAAGAUGCAACAAGAAGGUGGUGGAUGUUGAUUCGUGAUGACAACAAGGGCAUAGACUGGACACAAUUUGUUGAGCUCUUUUAUGAUAAAUACUUUUUGCAAUGUGCCCGUGAUAGAAAAGUGUCUGAAUUUGAGGAGCUUAAACAAGGCAAUAUGACUGUGGCAGAAUAUGAGGCAAAGUUUACAAAAUUGGACAGGUUCGCACCAUAUAUGGUCGGCAUCGACUAUAAGAAGGCAAGAAAAUUUGAGAGCUGUCUCCACAAUGAUAUUCAAGAAAGAGUGAAUGUAUUGAAAUUGCCUACUUACGUUGAUGUGUUAGACCAGGCUUUAAUAUCAGAAACUAAUAUGGCCAAUCAGAGUAAACCACCAACUGACUGGAAAAAUAAGAGACAGGGAUUUUUCUAA